AUGCAUAGGCAAUUCAAAUCCGAAGGCUUCCGCGUACACGGCUUGAGCGACCAGGAAAUCAAGGAGAUUCUGACGCAAAUUGCUCCGGCAUCGGUGAUCACUCGCUGUGCGGGCCACCGACAAGGCUCCCGGUUACCAUUCACAGCCUACAUUUCCGUGAAGGAGCGACGACAUGAAUACCGCUACGUGCACUUUGCCACGAAGAGCGAAGCUGCUACAUUCUUCGACAUGCAUGCGUCCGGCUCCCUCAUGUCCAAGUGCGAGCUCCCCUCCAAGAUGGCAUCAGAGUGGAAUAUGUAA